GGAAGCUGUUCCGCUGGCUGAAAUGGGCGAUCGAGAUGGGAAUAAUUGACCCGGUCGAGUACUUCGUCCCGAUCCGUUCCCUGAAGAUCGUCAGUCCCCUGAAAGAAUUCAACGAAAGCGUGGUCGGCAAAUACACUGCGAUGACCGUUGACGAAACCAACCGAGAAGUCACCGCCGAUCCUGCACACACAUCGGAGAAGUCCGAGAAGAAGAGCCGUCGCGACAAGUCGAAGGAGUCGAAGAGCCAGAAGGAGUCGUCUAAGAAGUCGCCAGGGAAGGUCGAAGAGGCCGGGAGGAGCCUGCCGGACAUCAGCUUCUGGGCGGACUUCAACAAGCUGGAGCCGUACAUCAGGGACGUCCACUUCUUCUACAAGCUAGACUACUUCGACUACACCGCCAGAAUCUCGGAUCGCUUCCGAGGCGCCGAAGGAAGCGUUCAGAAACCGGAGUCGAAGAAGAGUGGCAAAACGGGGAGCAGAGGAGCUUCUCCCGUCCCGGGUACUAAGGAGGAGACGAAGUUCGUGGACGUCUAUCACUGGCCCCGGGGGUUGUCGAGGACCAGGAACGAGCCGUUGUACAUCUUCACCGACUCCACGGACAGCAAGUUCUUCCUGAUCAGCUUCGCCACGUUCCAGAUGCCCGGGGAGCCUCAGCUCCCGCCGACUAAUUCCAGAGAGAACAGCAUCGAUCCGCCACCGGAGCCAGGCUUCGCUGAAUCCGCGGCGAGCAGGGACUAUCUGAUCGUCGAGAGACACAGCUGGUUCCACAGACAGAAGUACGGCAACGACCUGGUCCACCUUCCGACAGCGGGCACCAGGACGACCGUGCUGGAGCUGGAGCCCGGAAGACACUUGCUGCGAGUUUACUGCGGCUUCGAGGGCAACUGCUUCACGACCAUCUCCUCGGACACGAUCUUCCACGUGGGCGACCGCCGGAAGAUGUACGAGCUGAUGACCACGGAGUCCGACACGAUCGACCAGACGGUGAAGCACAUCAGCAACUGCGUGAGCAACGCGUACCAGUCGUUCGGCACCGACAGGUUCCAGGAGGCGAUGAAGAUGUACUACAAGAGCUACAUGCCGCCGGAGCCCGCCCAGAAGAAGAGGAUCAAGAUCUUCUACCACUUCAUACACGCGUGCUUCAUCAGCGAGGAGGCCAGGCUGAUCAAGGAGCUCGUGCCGAAGGACGAGGCGCGAGGCAUCCUGAGGGCGCUCAAGAUACUUUUCCUGAAUCCUUUGAUCGGCGAACAGGUGAAUCCGUUCUCGCUAGCGUUGAAAGCCAUCAGGGACGGCAGCACGCCUAGAACCUCGAUCGAGAGGAGCAGGCACCUCGCCGAAACCUCGAUCGAGAACGGUAUCCUGGACAAGGACUACUUCGCGUCCGUUAUCCAGUCCUUCUUCAGGGGGAUUGUGAUCAGGAAGUACAAGCGGAUCCACAGUCCCAAGCACGAGGAGCACCAGGAGGUCCUGGAGAAUUUGCUGAAGGUGGUGGAGCUGUUCAAUUACAACAAGAGGGAGUCCUUGGCCAGCCAGCUGUUCAGGUACAUCUUGAAGCACUUCGACAGGCUCCGGGACAUGUAUCCGUCCUCCAAGGAGUUCGAGUUCACGAUCCAGAAGCAAGAGCUGACCGGGACGUUGCCAGGACUGAAGCCGGGUCAGUGGACACCCAUCGUCAGGCUGCUGGUGAACGCUCGCGUCCAGGAAACCGUAUUCGCGAGCGUCGACCUGUUCGUCAACUUGCCCAGGUACUGCGUGCGCGUCUUCAACAACGACACCAAGCAGGAGAUGCUGCGGGUGGUGAACAACGUGGUGCCGUCGCGCUACGAGCACACCAACUUAGGGUACACGGUGCUCGCCUACGGCUGGGCCGACGAUCAGCCAACGAGAGACGCGCCCUGGUCCCUGCUCGUCGUCACCAAGAAAGCGGAGCCGGUCUUUUACACCAUGGACGACAGUCCGUCCAGCAAACUGCAGGCUCCUCCGCUGGUCACCCAGGAGCUGAGCAACUACUACAUACCCAACAACAGGGGUUGCAUCGCGAAGUGGAUCGCUCGGGUCACCAAACCUACCGUGGCGUCCUUCCGGCUGAGCACGUCCUACGACAACGUGAAGAUCCACCUGAGAGUGAUGGACGCCGACGAGGAUACACUGUCCGAGAUAAACGGAACAUCGGUGGUCAUCCUGCCCCUUGCUUACCUGGGCCUGACAACGGAGCCCAGCACCGUGCACUUCAAAUUCGAAUCUUCCGGCGAGCGCAGACUGACUGGCGUCAGCGCUAACAACGACCAAGCAGACCGAGUUCCGAACGGAGAUGGGAGUGGUGACGCGAAAGAUUCCAUCCAGAAGCUCGAUGUCAACGCGAGCGGAAUCAGCGCGCAGACGCUGAUCCUUCGUACUUAUUACGUGGAGGCCUUCGCUCUCGACGAAAGCUGGCCCCUCAGCAAGUCGGAGUGGGCCGUGGUGACACAGGUGAAAUCUAGACGCGCUGGAUCUAUCGUUCGAGCGAAGCCGUCCGUCGUCAGCUUAGGCAAGUCGGCGAAGUCCGAGUCGUCCAGGCUCAGGAGGACUUCCAGAACCUCCAGCGAAAUCGGUCUGCUGGAGAAGCCUUACUGGGUCCUCCAGGUGGUCACCGAUUCCGGGAGCGGCUUCGAGAUAGCGGAGGACAAAUCGAAGGAAGAGAAAAUCGGAAAGAUGAAGGAAGCCUGGUUCGCGGAGAAUCCGGACAGCAUGGCGCGCGGCAAGCAGCUUCGUGAAGAGUUCCGAAAGAAACACGAGAUCGUGCCAGAGGUCUCCGAAAUAGACACCAGGAAGAGGCACAUGAGCGAGUGUUGCCCGGACGUUCCGAGGUCCAUGUUAGAGGAACGAACCCUGGAGCCUCCUCGUUCGUUUCGCAAGCUUCCUCUGCUGAAACUGUCCGAUUACGAGGUGAAAGAGGACGAGGAGGACGUCCCGUGGUUGAAGACGAUCUACGACGAGGAGAUCCUGAGGAACACGCGAUUGGCGCACAUCAUUUACGCCCAGGAGGACUAUAAUUACUCUAUCGAGGAGUUGAGCGGACUGAUGAAAAACCGAAAGGAACGGUAUCGGAUGCUUUUCCAGGAACACCAAGGUCAGCUGUCCAAGAGGAGGACCAUCGUGGAGGACGUUUACGAGUUGCGGAAGUCUUAUAUCGCGACCAUGAAGUCGGAGAGCGGCAAGGGCAGCAGGAAGAGCAUGAAGACCAGGAGUUCGAAGUCCAAGAAAGUUUGAUGUCAUCGUUUGCGAAGAUGGUACAAUAGUUAAUUGUUUUCUUGGGUUUUUAAUCAAUUUGAUUGGAAAUGUUGGAUUCUCGGAAACGGACAAUGGAGGUAGA